AGGUGGAGGAGGUCAUCGAGCUGCUGCUGGCGUCGCUCGGUGACGCGGACACGGUGGUGCGCUGGGUGGCGGCCAAGGGCGUGGGCCGCCUGACCAACCGGCUGCCCCGCGACUUCGGGGACCAGGUGUUGGAGUUUCUGCUCGAGCGCUGCUUCAGCUUCCGCGAGACCGACAAGGCCUGGCACGGCGGCUGCCUGGCCCUCGCGGAGCUCACGCGGCGCGGCCUGCUGCUGCCGGAGCGGCUGCAGGAGGGGCGGUGGUGCCACUGGUCUGCCAGGCCCUCCACUUCGAGCAGGUGUCCGGGAACCACGCCGUGGGCCAGCACGUGCGCGAUGCGGCGUGCUACGUGUGCUGGGCCUUCGCUCGCGCUUACGCCCCCGACAUCCUCGAGCCCUUUGUUGGGGAGAUCGCCAGGAUCCCGCGCUGAUCCAGGUCGCCGUGUACGACCGGGACAUCAAUUGCCGCAGGGCCGCGGCGGCCGCGGUGCAGGACAACGUGGGCCGCCAGGGCACCUUCCCGAACGGGAUCGAGGUGGUCACGAUCGCCGACUACUGGACGCUCUCCGCGCGCCGCCAGGCGUAUGCCGCCGCGGUCGCACCCCGCCUCGCGGCGCUCGGCGAGGAGAGGUACAGGAGGGACCUGAUAGAUCACCUCGUGGACCGGAAGCUGCAGCACCAGGAUGUCCAGGACGGAUUUUCAUCCGGUUGCUGGCGGGCCAGGGCCUCGCCAGGCUUGCGGAGCGACCCUCCGAGGCCAUCCUGGCCCACCUGAACGGCGUGGUCAUCCCGAAGCUCGUCGCCCGGGCCCUGGAGGACGGGGACGGAGCCGAAGCCGGGCGCCGCGGCGGCCGCCGCGCCGUCCGCUGGCGGCGGGCUGGCGGCUGGCACGGUGCAGUCCAGGCACGGCGCCGUGGUCGGCGCGGCCGCCCUCACUCGGGCCCUGCAGGAGAGCUCGUGGCCGCGGAGAACCAGACGUCCCUGCGGAACCUGGUGCCCGCGCUGGAGAAGCUCCGCGCCUACCGCGGGCGGGGCGGCGAGGUGGUCAGGCAGGCCGCCUGCAAGUUACUCUGUGCCGUGGCGGGCGCCGUCUCCUGGCCGUUCAAGGACGCGACGUCGACGCGGUACCUCCAGACGGUCGACGAGUGCGCCCGGCACACGACCGACGCCAUUCAGGUGGCCGCGGCGGAGGCUCUCCACGCCCUCGCGGCCCACCGCUUGAGCGCGGAGCUGAGCCGGAAGGCCCUCGGCAGCUACAUCGCGGGCCUCAAGAAGGCGGACGAGACAAUCGCCGCCAGGAGGGGGCUACGUGCUCUGCAUCGGCGCGCUCCCGCCGGCGGUGCUGCGCGAGCAGUGCGCAGACGUCCUCGCCACCCUGGCCGCCGAGGCGCAGGGGCUGGGGCUGCCGGGCGGCAAGGA